AUGAGUAAAAAAAAACCUUCUCAGAUUUUUCUCUCUUCUGAUCAUAUUUAUAACACGAGAUAUUCAAACUUUCUCCUUCUUUCCUUCUUUCUCAUUCUCUUUUUGACUUCUCUUCUAAAAGCUUUCUCAUUCUCUUUUUUGUCACUUCUCUUCAUAAAGCUUUCUCAUUCUCUUUUGUCACUUCUCUUCAUAAAAGCUUUUCUCAUUUUUUUUGUCACUUCUCUUCAUAAAAGCUUUCUCAUUCUCUUUUGUUUUAAAAGCUUUCUCAUUCUCUUUUUUUCACUUCUCUUCAAAAGCUUUCUCAUUCUCUUUUUGUCACUUCUCUUCAUAAAAGCUUUCUCAUUCUCUUUUCUUUCUCAUUCUCUUUUUGUCACUUCUCUUCAUAAAAGCUUUCUCAUUCUCUUUUUGUCACUUCUCUUCAUAAAAGCUUUCUCAUUCUCUUUUUGUCACUUCUCUUUAAAGCUUUCUCAUUCUCUUUUGUCACUUCUCUUCAUAAAAGCUUUCUCAUUCUCUUUUUGUCCUUCUCUUCAUAAAAGCUUUCUUUUCUCUUUUGUCACUUCUCUUAAAAGCUUUCUCAUUCUCUUUUUGUCACUUCUCUUCAUAAAAGCUUUCUCAUUCUCUUUUUGUCACUUCUCUUCAUAA